UUGGUAGUGAGUGGAAACGCCAAAGGGGUGCUUCACAUUUAUACGUCCAGUGAAAUAUCUGUCUCAUUUGUAGUUGUAGCAUUUUUGACAUUUCCGAGUUUCCUAGUUCCGACUAGUAGUUGAACGCGGCUCAAGUGGGGAUCGGGGAUUUCUAUUGGAGAAGUAAUUUCUGCCUAUCUUCAUACUGUACUGACUUUGACGUAAUUUGUCUCAGUUUGGAUAUGCGGAAAACUGGAACUUCGAGUUUAAUUUGGUCAAGAGCGGUUGACUUGAAAUUCACCCACAAAAGUAGCUAGCAAGACUGGAUAAGAAGUAGACAAAUAUGAAGAGCAUUCUGCGAGGACUGACAAUAGUGGAAGCGAAUGAAAACAUGUAACGUUAGCUAGCUAUAUAUGUCUUAGUCUUCUAUCGAAUUAAUACAACUUUACAGCGAUAGCCUGCUGUUGCUAGCUUGAAGUUGAAGAAGUGGAGUGGAGAGGAGAUGAACGCUUAGCACUAUAUAUAUUUUUUUAUUUUAUUUUAGAAAAGUUAAUAUUACUCACUGGGACGUUUUGCUUAUGAGGACUCCGAUUCGGCGUGGAGCAGUCAGGGCCGAACCACCACAGUGAUGUCAGCUGAUGCGCUCAAUCCUACCUCUCCCAACCCCUCAGUGAUGUCAACUGAUGCGCUCAACCCUACCUCUCCCAACCCCUCAGUGAUGUCAACUGAUGCGCUCAAUCCUACCUCUCCCAACCCCUCAGUGAUGUCAACUGAUGCGCUCAACCCUACCUCUCCCAACCCCUCAGUGAUGUCAACUGAUGCGCUCAACCCUACCUCUCCCAACCCCUCUGUCUCGUCCAUCUCUCUGGUUGAGAUCAAGGCAGACUCUCGUCUGGUGCUGAAAGCUUUCCUCCGCAGCGCACUCUCUAAUCCUUCAGCCGACCGACUUGGGACGGUGGGGGGAAGCUACAAAGACCACAACAAGUACAGUGCAAAGGAGUCUAGGAAGCGGCCGGACAAUGGCUGGGACUCUCUGGAUGAAGCAAUCAGCUCAGUAGAGGAGAAGAAACACGGCUUGAAGGACCUCAUUAAGAGACGACUGCAGCCACGGGCCUCCAACCUGCCCCUCCGUCGCUCAGCUAAAGACAGUGGUGCAGACCAGACACAAAAUGGUGGCUCCUUGGAGAAGGAUGGAAGACCAAACCGAACCAACCCAGGCCUGCCAGGCUUCUUCAGAGACCAACUCGAGGAAGACGUUAGGUUUCCCUCCAUGUCAGAUGAAGAAGGGAACGAUCCGAAACAGCAGAAAAAGGCAAAGAAGUUGAAGAGCCAGAUCUCCUCUUUCUUCAGCAUAAAAAAGAAGCCAGAAAAGGAUAAAGACAAGGAUGAGACACGUCUUCAGAGGCCAUCCACACUGACCAUCGGCGUAGGGCCAGUACCCGGGGCGCCAGUCAUCUCUCCCACACACCCUCCUAAGUUCUAUGAGGAGGUGGCUGAUACUCUGGACAGGAUUGCUCAGCGGUCCCACAGUAUGAAGAGACCCCAAAGGUCCAGCCCACGACCCAGCCCUGCUACCACCCCGGUCAAACCUCCCCCUGAACCUGACAAAGAAGAAAUGGUGCGCCAGCUGGUCCAGGUACUGUCUAUGGAAGGGGACGCCAUCAACUACAAGAUCCAGUCGGACCCCUUCCUGCGCUCCACGCUGAACCGUCUCUCAUACCCGUCCUUCGCCAAGCUCCUGGACACCUUCGCCAGCCAGGAACAGGCCACGCCCUCACCUCUGCCGCCUCCCUCCAGCAGCCCCACGCUGAGACGAGUGGCCGUCACCAUGGAGGUCUCGCGGCGUGUCGUCACGGCGACAGGGAUGCAGCGCAUGCAGGGCUACGCAGAGCGCUAUAUGGAGAACUUUGCCCCCUGGGUGAAGAGCCAUGGAGGAUGGGAAAGUAUUGUCCAGUUGGAAGAGAUUUUGGAGUGCGACUGACAACCCUACACCAUCAAGGCAGCUCGGAAAUCCUCACUACUUCCUUUUAACGGUGAACUCUAAUCUAUGACUAAGGCUUGGAGUUGUGUCCUAUCAGGUCAGGUACAACUCAAGGCCCUUCCUGACCUCAGUUUCUCCUGUGGUGAGAGACGGAGAAGGCAUGAAUUAUGUCACUUGUAUUUGUCUGAGAAUCAUGUGUACUUCUAAAAAAUAAUUUUUUUAUCAAUGUUUUUCUAUAAACGUGUUUUACAAAA